AUGAUGCAACUGCCGAGUCCCAACAGCCGGUUGUCCCAACUGGGACAGGAGACCUGCCCGCCUGUCUGGCUCGGCUCGAAUCUCCCGCCGAAUUGGCCAAUAUCCAUGCUUACCAGCUCGACCGGCAACACUGACACAACCAACACCACAGCCAUCGGUUCUCCUUUCUCGUUCUCCUUCUCUUCUUACCUUACAGACACACAUUUGAGCUACACUGGCAUGAGAUACGAGCCAACCGACGACUCACUCGGCUCGGAGAGUCCUCCACGUCGAGUUGAAAUCAGUCCACCGGCCGCAAGUAGCACCCUUUUGCUGCUGCCCUCCGGACCUGCCGACGCUUCACCGGCCUCCUCCCCAUCAGGCUCCUGUCAGCCGGACCAGGACUCGAACUCAUCCUCUGUCGGUGCUCUCGCUGCGAGCCAGGCGGCGCCAAGACUCCACUUCUGCGUGAAAGAGCCCAAAGCCCCUGCAGCCAGUCUACCGGAAACGGCGUCCGGUCCAGUCGCUUCGCCGUUCGGCUCGAUGAAAAUGAACCCAACUCCCGGCGACAUCGUUGCCGCAGGUCCGAGUCUCCUUUCCGCUCUCUUUUCAAGCCUUCCCAAACCGCAGACGCACCGGCUACCAGACCAGCCGACCAACUUGCCUGCGCCAUGUCUGGGCAGUCAGAGAAUCGAGCCCAUCGCCCAGUUGGAGGUUGGCAACCAGCUGUCUCCGGGCCAAAUUUACUUGCCCCAUCCUGCCGAACUGAUGCUGGCCGCCACACUUGCCAGUCUGCAGGAUCAUUCAGCCCGGACAAAUCCAGCUCCGCUUCUUCUUCUGCCUCCUCCAGCGGCGCCAGCCACAUCACAAUUGCCGCUACACAUGCCCACUCAGACGGCAUCUCAUGUUCCCCUGGGCGCCUAUUCGCACCAUUCCAGUCUUAUCCGACCAUCGGAUUAUGCACAAACUCUGCUGAGACAGCCCGAAUCUCAGUCUCCGCUUGUCGGCUUCUCUUCACCUCUGGGCGUUGCCGUAGCCGCGCAAACGCCAGCCUCCACUGCAGCC